AUGAGGGUGUUACAUGAGAAGCACCACACUCUACUGAAGCAGAAAAUGCUAACCUCCUUGGAAAGAGACAGAGCAGUCAGGCAGAUUUACGGACUUCAAGCAACAUUGAAGCAUAUGGAAAUAGAGCAUAGUGUCUAUACUCCUGAAAUUAGAGUUGUUCCUAAUUGUGAAAAGGAAAAUGAACUAGAAGGUCCUACUCAGAAAGGUCUCCGUGAAGCCAGGGAACAAAACAAAUGUAAAACAAAGAUGAAAGAUAAUACAAAGGCCUCCUUCAACGGAAAUCAAGAGGGAGCCUAUGAGCUCAGUGCAAGAUCAGCCCUUUGUCCAACUCCGCUCCUCUAUCAGCAGGAGUGGAGAGGGAACUCUCAAACUUGGAAUGAGGCCACACCUCUGCAGGACACCGUUGGCAGGAGACAACAGAGUGCCCAGGCACUCAGAAUAAGACCGCCCAUCUACAGGAUAUCAUGCAUCUGUCAGCAGGAGCCAAAUGGGAACCUCUGAGCAACACAUGUUCCUGGCCUGUCCUCCCCAAAUCCUCUCUUUCUUCAACACCCAUCCCUUUAUCCGUGUCCUUUUUACUCUUCGGAAGGAGCCCAGGAGUCCCAGUUCAUCAUUUAUUCCAG